GCUGAGCAACAAUGCACUCAUCCACUGACUCAAAAAACAGCCAUACAAACCCCAAGAGCGAGAAUGGACAAAGUGAAGAUCAGCAAGGAAAUGAUGCCCACGAAGGAUCAGGGCUCCAGGCACCUGUCCCAAGAAACAGUCAAUAAGCUGAUCCUUCAGUCUCAGGAGGCAAAGAAGCAAGCCUACAGUCCUUACAGCAAAUUCAGAGUGGGUGCUGCUAUCCUCACCUUUGACAACAGAGUGUUUACAGGCUGCAAUGUGGAGAACGCGUGCUACAACCUGGGUCUGUGUGCUGAAAGGAACGCUAUCUCAAAGGCAGUGUCGGAAGGCUACAGAACUUUCAAGGCUAUUGCAAUUGCCAGUGACCUGAAUGACCAGUUCAUCUCCCCAUGUGGUGGCUGCAGGCAGUUCAUGAGAGAGUUUGGAUCAAAUUGGGAUGUGUACCUGUCAAAGCCUGACGGCUCGUGCCUGAAGAUGACUGUGGACGAGCUGCUGCCAGCCUCCUUCGGCCCUGAGGACCUGUCCAUGAAGAAAGUAUUUGACAUUCCUAAUGAGUACUGAACCUGUUUUAGUACAAAAAAAAAAAAAAAAGAAAAAAAAGCACACGUUGGUUCUUUGAACCACGACAUGUACUGUGUUUCACGGACAUUAUAUUUAUGGUUAAUAUUUGUUCUUGUAAUAUCUGUUAAUUGUAAACACAUAUGUCAUAUUUAAAUUUACUCUACGUAUACUGUAGUUAGACAAUUGACUGGGCCUUAAUUAGUCAUUAAUUUACCUACAUUGACAUACUGAGAGCUGUGUUGUUGUAGAUAAAAAAUAUUUAUUAGUUUAAAGAAGCAUGAAGGAAAAUAUAAAAGCAGGUCAAACUCAUUCACACAUUUUAAUAAAUAAACUGUUUUAAAAGUUAAUUUUAAUAAGUUACACUUCAUCUCUUACAGCUGGAUAUGGACAUAAAUGAAAUUUAAAAAAUAUGAUUUUGGGUUACAGUGUACUGCAAGUAUUAGUUACAGUUACAGAGUAAAGGGAGGACACAGAGGAGGUGAAACAUUUAAAUUGCCAGUGCAAAGUCACUAAACAUUUAUUGGUGAUUUUUAGGUCUAUUUAUUCCAUGCAUGAACAUUUACAGUGGUUUGAGGACACAGACUUAAAAAGGGCAGGAAUAAUACAGUAGAAUUUAUCAUUUCUCCCUGAUUCAGACAACUGACAGGAACUUCAAAAAAAUAUGCGAAAUCAGUCGCAAAUUAACGGCAACUGUAAAGACAACAACGCUGAUUUCAUCAUUCUGGGUACCGCUCAACAGAAACGACAUUUAACAUCAUGAGAAUUCAAACUUGGCUUUUUAGCAUAUUUAAUGUUAAAUCUCUAAACAAAACAGCAGCAAAACAUGGCAACGUGGUCUAAGCAGAAACACAUCAGGAUGCAUCCUGUUCAAUCAUCGGUCCUCCUUUAAAAAAUAUACUGAAAUGUGAACAGUGUUACAUGAAUAAGUUGAUUAUUGCUGUUUACUAUGCUGUAAAAUGGUAUUAGUUUUUAUACCUGGGAUCAAAAGUGUUGCGUCAGAUCUAAAAUAGCAAACAGGUCAGUUAAAAAUAAUAAAAGUUCACAAAAACAGUUUACUAAUCUAUAAAUUCAGCGCAACAGGCUCAGUUUGCAAGCCCUUAUUCUUAUUAACCUACUUCAAAAAAAAAAGAAGCCCAUGUGGAGAUCUGAUCACAUGCAGAAAUCUCCAUCAGAAGGACGUAAUGCCAAAGGUCAAAC